AUGGCAUCAUGUCCAGAGGGCUACCACCUCUGCAACAAGUUUGAGCUUUACACUGGAGGUUACAAGGUCGCUAGAAAGCUCUCUUUGCCGUCGAAUGAGAUCAUGGCUUCUGCGGCGGCGGAGCCUUCCAACGGAAUCGGACUUUGCUGCGCAAACUUGCAAUAUAAUGCAGACUUGUAA